CCAUGGAUCCAGGCAAAGAAAGGGAAAAGCCAAAGGAGGGAGGCAACGGGGAACGGGAAGCGGUAGAAGUGCAUCGGGACUGGAGAGAGGGAUGGGACGAUGAGAGGAGCACGAGGCGACAUGCCAGGAGUCAUGCUGCGUUAGGAGGAUUCUUAGUCGCAGGCAGUGCCAGGCGCACACUGGCAGAAGCCGCGGGGCGACGACAAGAGAAUAGAGCAACGCCGUGCAGCCGAUUGUGAUAGAAAUGUGUGGAUUUGUUUAGUGUGCUCGAGCCGCGCCGUUGUGUCUAUAAUUUCUCGCCGAAGAUGAGGGAGCAAGGGAGUGAGAUGCUGUGAGGAGAUUUUUCCAGUGUACUCUCGACGUUGAGAGUGAGUGAGCAUCGCUUGUUCGCGAGGUUUCUUCGAAGGACGGAGGAACCGGCUUUCGGGCUUGGGGUGAUACUAGCAGAUUGUAGUCGCGAGGUAGCAAAAGCAGGCGGACCUGCUUCAGGAUCAGGGUAGUUGAGGUCCUCCAGUGCUUGUUCGAUACAGCAGCGCAGGGGCGGAGAUAUGGGCAAACCUGGUGGUCAUGCAUUGAUUGAGACUUCGAUUACUCUACCACCCGCUUUAUCUUGAGAAGGAUGUACAUUCCAUGGACGGCCAAAGUACAGUGGUCCCGACGGGGGGCUGCUCCCUUCCGCUUUUUCACCUUUCUUCUUGCUCUUCUGCUCGGUAUUCCUGUGGCCAUGGGUUAGUGUCUCCGGGGCUACCUUGGUCAUUAGAAAAAUCCUGUGGCAGUUUUGUUAGAAACAGAACCUCUGAGCGGUACUGCAGUGGAGGAGGUUCUGCCAGGGCUGGACAGAGAAGACUUCGAAAAGAAUCACAUAAGCUGGUGAUUACUGGUGGUGUGACUUGCUCCUACAGGAAGAGUUCUGAUUCCACAAAAAGAAGGGAGGAAUUUUCGUUAGAUUCGGAAAGGGCUUCGGAAAGACUACUUGCUGGUGCGGAUGUUAGACGCGGAGUUGUUGAUGCUUACACCAACAGAGACGAUAACCGGGAAAGAUACAGAGGUCAAAGAGAGGGUCAUGCAGGUGGAGUUAGAUUGCACAAGAACGACCGUAGCAGAUCAGGAAGAAUUCUACCAGAUGAACAUAGCUUGCAGGGAUCCGAAAAGCACUUGGGAAAAGCUUCACAGGGUGCAACAGGUAGUCGACCUUCAGAUGGACGCGAUGUCCAGUGUAUUGAAGAGGGCGGAGAAGAAAUCACGGAGGGAAACAUAACGGGUAGAAUUAAGAGGCCAGGGGAUCAAAUAACUGACCUGGCUGGGGACUCUAGUAGACUGAUUGCCAGACAACCAAUUCUUAAUAUUCCUAAAAGUGAAUUGAUGAAAAUUGAGGAGCUGAGAUUUUCCGGAGAUCUGCGGGAAGGGGAUUCCGGCCCACAAGUAUUAAACUUGCAGAGGGCCCUUUUCUGGCUGGGUCAUCUUCCGGGACUUUCACUCACUGGGUAUUUUGGCCCAGAAACAACAAGAGCCUUGCAAGAGUUCCAUACAGUCCAUGGAGUACCAAGUUCUGGUGUCUGGGGAUUCCAUUCUCAACAGGCCUUGCGGAAACAUCUCCAACCUGAAUCGUAUCGACUUGAUACUGUUGAAAAACUUGGUACGAAAGGGUCCUCGAAAUCUUCUUCUCGUCUUUCUGAAAUUUGGCCUCUUGCCAAGAGUAUAUCCGGCAAGAUGGUGCACAGUGGGCAUCAUGCUCGUCGAGCGGUUCAGCUGUGGUAUUCAAAAACACUGCCCGGUAGCACGGACAUGACUGACUUUAUGGCGUCAGUAUCUUCGGCGCCUCAGUUGUCCUCAGUCUCUGGGCGGGUCGGUCUAUUUCUCAUAGGCAUUGUCGUACUAUCGAGUAUUGCUAAAGUGUGGAUCGCAUUAUUCGGGAGGCCACAAGGCCAGCCAGUUCGGAGACGAGUUAUGAGUUGGCGGAAUGAUGUGAAUUUACGCGAGUCUACGAGGAAAACUCUACGCACCCAGUCUGGUCGGCCACAGGGACCUCUCAAGAUUUCUGAAAAUGAUGGUUUUGUGAGGAGGCCCCGUAACCGUUCCCUUCCAACGUCAAAAGAGCAGCAGGAAAACAAUCAUAAUUUGCUUGACAGGCUGGUUCUCUUUGAUGGCCAAGUGCUUCGUGGAGACGGUCCAAGUAAUGCGAAGUCACUGCCUAGUAUGAGUUCAGGGUUAGAUGUUCUGGCUCAAAAUAGUUCGGAUGAUCCUUCUCGCUCUUCUGUUUGGAACAAAGUUUCUCAUAUGUCUCCAGCAGAGCUACCACAUCACUCGGGUGUGGAUGUGGAGCAAGAGAAGACAGUUUAUGGUUUUGAUCGAUAUGUGAAGCUUGAAGCGGAUCCUCCAAGAAAAUAUCAACUUUUCUCACAAAUUGAGACUUCAUCCAGGCUUAGCGGUCGGGAUCCAAGCCGUCCUGCCAGAGACACUCCUUACGAUUCGCCGAAUCCCAGUUGGCCAGCCUGGAUGGGGAACUUCUUUUCGAACAUUUUUCCGGACAAAGAAAGAUAUUCCUCACAAAAGCUUGCUUUUCGCAGGACUGUUAGGCGUGGUAAUUCUCCUGUAAGAACAAAGUUCUCCGAGAAAGUUUCCUCGGAGGGAAAGUCAUCGUUAAGAUUGAAUAGAGUGGAUAGAGUUCCAGUGGAUGAGAAUGAUUUGGGGAAGUGGCAUGAGGACGAUGAGUCGGACUUAAGGAGGCAGGUCGAGGAGAUGCACCGAACAGUCCAGGCAGCUAACCAAACUCGGAUGUCUGCCAUGCGUGCUCUUGCCGAAGAGAGAAUGCGAAGCUUAGAGCUAGAAAAUAAAAUUAGUCGGCAGAAAGAAGCUGCUGCGUCUCUUGAAGAAGAGGUGCGUGUGCUGAAGGAAUCUCAUGAUGCUCUAUUGGCAUCAUUGAGGAAGAAAUAUAGUUCGUCUGCUGCAGCCCGAGCAGCAGCCGCCUUGCUUUACCAAAAUUGGGACAGCAGUGACAGCAAUGCCAGAGUCUAAGUCUACGAUGCAUAUUGAAGGUGAUAUUACUAUGAGGUUGGAGUAUACUAUUUGGUACUCGUAACGUCAAGAGUCUUUCACAUGCACCUUUUCCGUAAUUUUUGUCGUUCUCAUCUCAUGUAACAUAAACCAGUUCGUUAUUGUGUGUAGUCAGAAUAUUUUUUCAAUAAAGGCUUCCUGCAUGCACCCAAGGUAAACGAGAAGAAAGAAAAAACUUUUGGGCACGUUUUUUCGUUGGCUUUCUUACUGUAUAGUCUCUCUUAUGUUUAAAUCUUACAGGGAUCUACCUUGCUUUCGGGGUAGUGGAUCUCUUUUCUUGACGAGCUGUACUUUCUUUUAUGGGUAUCUCUUGUAUGAUAAAGUGCAAGCUAAAGUGACAGGUCAAUGGUACUAGCCCUUUUGAUCACGAUGACGACAUCUUUAGUUUACUUGCCAUUGUAUAGGCGAUCUUCGUUCUUUUGAAGAAAUAGCCACUUUUGUCUCAAGUGAACCGGAAAGGUCUCCCUUCAACGGUCUCUGCGCUUUAUUUGCGAUCUUUUGUGCAAGUUCUCACUUACUAAGUUCAUCUUAAAUACUAGCAUUUAUUAAGUCUCGCAGACUCCUGCGGCUUCGGUGUUGCUAAUCGGAGCUUCGGAGCCCUGUUUCCACCAAUACAGCCGUCUGGUCGCCAGUCCAACUGUUUUGUACUCGUUGUCUUCC